AUGGCUGCCGAGGCAUCCUCUUCCACACCUUGGUGUUCUUAUCAUGUGUUCUUGAGUUUCGCUGAAGACACCUUUAAGACUCUUUCAGACACCUCUAUACGGCCUUGGUUGGUACAGUGCCUUGAUGAACUUGUGCUGAUCCUCGAGUGCCGGAGGGGCUUCAAACAUGUAAUUUUACCAGUUUUCUAUGGUAUAGAUCCAUCCCAUGUUAGGAAGCAAACUGGAAGUGUUGGUGAAGCAUUUUCCCGGCAUGAAGCUCAAUUUGGGGUGGAAAUUGAUGAAAGAAAAGGGAAACAUGGGAUGGAGAAGGUGGAAGGGUGGAGGACAGCACUCAGAGAAGUUGCAGAUCUCGGAGGUUUGGUCCUACAAAAUCAAGCUGAUGGGCAUGAGUCACAGUUUAUCCAGAUAAUUGUUCAAGAGAUUGCUAAUAAAUUGGAUCGUACAGUCUUGAGUGUCACUCCCUACCUAACAAGGAAGACAACCAUUACAAAAAUUAUUUAUAAUCGAAACUUUGAUAGAUUUGAAGGUAGCAGCUUUCUUGCAAAUGUUAGAGAAACUACGAAACAAUUCAAUGGUUUGGUUCGUUUACAAAGACAGCUUCUUUUUGAUAUUUUUAAGCGGAAAGUAGAAAAAACACACAAUGUUGAUGAGGGAAUCAUUAAGAUUAAAGAUGCUAUAAGCUGUAAAAAUGUUCUCGUCGUUCUAGAUGAUGUGGAUGAAUUCAACCAAGUACAUGCAACAUUUGGAAUGAGACACUGGUUUCAUCCUGCAAGUAAAAUUAUCAUUACAACUAGGCAUGACCGAUUGCUAAAGCCUCACGAAGUUUGUGAGGUAUCCAUGGUUAAGGAGUUUAAUGACGUUGAAGCGCUUCGUCUCUUCAGCUGGCAUGCCUUCGGACAAAACCAUCCUAUUGAAGCAUACAUGCAGCACGCAAAGAAGAUGACAUACCACUGUGGGGGGCUUCCUUUAGCUCUUGAAGUCAUAUCCAUAUCUAUAUCCAUAUCCAGAAUAUUAUGUGGAGGCAACACAAGCACAAACACAAAAACCUUGCUUACAUCACCAUCUAAAACAAGCAGUUGGUUUAGAAAAUUUCCAAAUGCUUAA